CUCCGUGGUUUUUAUACAUCACUUGUAAAUUCCUUAUAAAAAUCAAAAUUGCCGAAGCCAAUUAUUAGCAACUUGGUUGCACUAAUACGCUGGAUAAGCCUUGAGUCAGAGCAGAGAGAGUUGGAACUUGGAAAGUAAUCGAUAGAACCACAAGGCGCACGCGUCAUUAUUUUGAUAUGGCGUUUUCCGAUAACGAAUCCAGUGAGAAGUCUUUGAACUCACUUUCAAAUAACAUCAUCAGUGAGAUAAGCAAUAUGUGCAAUGAUGUUUCAAUUGCAGAAGGUCGAUUUUUAUUUGACUUUACCAAAGAUGAUGACGUCCACGGGUGGCAGGAACAAUCGGAUACGGUUCGCAGUGUAGGAAUGUCGAAGGCUGUAUUCGUUUUACAUCAAAAUAAGGAAUUUAGACGAGCAAUAUUUUUCGCAUUGUUGAACCCUCAAGCCAACGGUGCCGGAUUCGCUGGAAUUAGAGCUAUUGGAAAGUAUGACCUAACUGGCUUCUCGAAGCUGCAAAUUUUAUGCCGCGGGCAGGGUCAGUUUAGUGGUUAUAAAAUUGUAUUGAGACACAAAGGUUUGAACGACGAACCGAAUUACUCGUUUGAACAAUAUUUCCAGGCGCCCAAGGAUGAAUUCGCAGUGAGGAAUUUACCAUUCUCCGAAUUUAAAGCGUACUACAGAGGAAAAAAAGUAAAUAACAACGAGACGCUCGAUAUAUCGCAAAUCACAAGUAUAGGCAUUCAAAUUUACGGUGGAGUUUAUCAGCCAAUAAAACAAAGAGGUCCAGCAACAUUGGAAAUCGAUUGGAUAAAAGCUUCGUAGCAUUUUUAAAAUUUGCAAAAUACAACAUGAAUACUCAAAAUGUAUGGAUGAUGGGCUAAACAAUAAUAAGAAGAUAGGUUACUAGGUUAGGAUAUUUUUAAAAUGUUAGUACAAGGAAGCCAUUAAUCAUAAAUCAUAAUUAUGGCUGUAAUAGAGCACAAAUAGCUUAUAUUAUAUAGCUGUAAUAUAGUACAAAUAGGCAAUAGCUUAUUAUGUAUAAGUUACAGUUAUAUAAUUAUAGUCCAUCUGGAUUCUGGAGGCUGCUGGCUGGCUGUUCAGUAAAAAUAAAGUUCAAAGGUGGCUUAUAAGUUAUUUAAAGCAUAUAAUCUAAUUGUAACUAAACUGCCAAUAUAGUAUGCAAAAACGAUUGUAAGUUUUAAAAAUUGAUUAAAUGUCAAACAAUUUA